UAUGAAAAAAGAAAGGAUAGAAAAGUGGACCGGCUUCGGUAGCUAGCCUUGUCUGUAGUCUCGACGGUGCACCCAGUUUUGCGUUUGGCCGCCGAGAAAACCCAGAGGAAAGGAAAACGUGAGAAAAGAAAACAUGGGUUGGAUCGGAGAGACCGUCGAUUCUAUUAAAUCCAUUCAGAUCCGGCAGGUGCUCAGCCAGGCUGUCAGUCUCGGUAUGAUCGUUACAUCUGCACUGAUUAUAUGGAAGGCAUUGAUGUGCAUUACUGGCAGCGAAUCUCCUGUUGUUGUUGUUCUUUCUGGAAGCAUGGAGCCGGGCUUCAAGAGGGGGGACAUUUUGUUCUUACACAUGAGUAAAGAUCCUAUUCGUGCAGGGGAAAUUGUUGUGUUUAAUGUAGAUGGUCGUGAAAUACCAAUUGUUCACCGUGUAAUUAAGGUUCACGAACGGCAAGAUACUGGAGAAGUUGAUGUCCUCACAAAAGGGGAUAACAAUUAUGGGGAUGACAGGCUUUUGUACGCCCAUGGUCAGCUCUGGCUUCAGCGGCACCAUAUUAUGGGGAGGGCUGUGGGCUUCUUACCUUAUGUCGGCUGGGUGACAAUCAUCAUGACAGAAAAGCCGCUUAUCAAGGUUUGCUUUCCUUAUAACAUUGUCUGGAAAUCAAACUUCUUUUGGCUAGCUUUUCAGUCCCGAAAACUAACAUUAGUCUGGAUAUUAUUUUGUAUACUAUUAAUUGAUAAAUUCUAAAAGAAAAAUGCUUGUGCUCAAGGAUCUGUUUCAAAGUAGCUCCAAAGCUGUAUGAUUGCUGACAAAUAGUUAUAUGGCUUGGUAUAAGGAAACAAAGAAUUCAAAUGAUGUCCAAGAUAUAAGUCUUAGGUGGUGUUUUUUUUUUUUACUUAAAUUUAAAUAGAACUUAAUUUAACUCUCUAAAUACAACUUAAUGGUAUUAAGUGUUAAGUUGUUUGUUUUUUAUAUUAUUUUAUUUCUGUUAAGUAAUUAAUAUUAAUAGGAUGAGGCUUGUGUUGAGAUUGCGUUUUGGUUGUUUUAAAAAAUUAUUUUUAGCAUUCAUCAAGGAAACCAAAUAUUUUGACAUUUUCUAUUUAGUCAAAAAAUUUUAAAAAUUAGGAAUAGGAAGGAAAAAAAAGUUAAAAACAAAUCAUCUAAAGUUUGAAAGUAGAUUGCAUUUAGUAUUAAGUUAGAAAAACAAACACCACCUUAGUUUCUGUAUGAUUUUCUCUCUUGCUGGAACUGAAGGAAACUAUCAAAAUUUUGCUGACAUAUAUGGAAAAAUGUCAAAAUUCUAACCUGAGAAAUUUUUUCCAAAAUACAUACGGAUUUAAAACCCAUAUGCCUGGUAUUUCACAUAUGUUGUCUUUUUUGCAGUAUGUUCUCAUCGGUGCACUGGGAUUGCUCGUUAUAACUUCAAAGGACUAAGAAUGAAGUUCAAGAUGUGGGGAAUCCCUCAAGAAACCC